ACAAUGCAAUUUUCUAUUACAAGAAGUGUAUUGAGCUUGCAAUAACUAUUGGCGAUAAAGAUGCUGCGGCUCAUGCGUAUUGCUUACUUGGAAAGAUAUUUUUUCUUGGAGAAAUACGAUGAUGCCAUUUCCAACUGCCACAACUGUCUUCACAUUGACAAGGAAGAUAAUGAAGAAAAAUUUACUCACGUUAUUGCGUAUCUGACUUUGGGAAAGGUAUACCGGUCUUUGGAGAAAUACGAUGAAGCCAUUCAGAAUUGCCAGCAAUGUAUAGACAUCGUGAACCGUAUUGGCCUCGUAAUGAGAGCGGAGGCUGAUGCUCAUAGCGAACUUGGAAAGAUAUAUUAUUCCUUGGAGAAAUACGAUGAUGCCAUUUCCAACUGCAACAAGUGUCUUCACAUCGACAAGGAAGAUAAUGAAGAAAAAACUGCUGAUGUUAAUGCGUAUCUGAUUAUGGGAAUGGUAUACCGGUAUUUUAAGGAAUACGAUGAAGCCAUUCAGAAUUACAAGCAAUGUAUAGACAUCGUGGACCAUAUUGGCCUCGAAAAGAAAGCGGGGACAAGAGCGUGUUUGUAUCUAGGAGAUAUUUAUGAGAUACUGAAACAGUACAAGGAUGCAGUGCGAUACGCUGAGAAAUGCAUCGACAUGGCACAAGAAACUGGUGAGAAGGAGAUUGAAGCAAUAGCAUGUCUCGUUCUUUCGUCUGUAUACCACAUGUCAGGUGAUAAAGAAAGCAUCGAUAAUGCCAUCCAAUACGGUAAGAAAUGCCUGGACAUCUCUCAAGAAACUGGCGACAAAAAAGCUGAGAUGGAAGGACAUUUAUGCCUCGCUAGAGCAUAUAUGGACUCGGGCCGGUUGAAUGAAGUGUCUCAGAGUAUAGAUGCAGGCAUGAUGGUUGCUACAGAGCUUGGAGAAAAAGAAGCUGUAGAAAAGUUGAAAGAAAUUCGUUAUGGUUUAUAUUCCAUGGUUGGUUUGCAUGAGAAGGUUGAUGCACCCUCACUAAAGGAAUUAAUAGAGGUACCAACAUGUUCUGAGGAUGAGCUUCUACAGGAACUUGACAAAGCGAAGACAGGCAAUAAAACAAAGAAACUUAGAGCUUCCAUCAGGCUUCACAAAUUCUAUCGUUCUAAAAAAGAUUAUGAAAAAUCAAUAAAUUACGUUGAGCAGUUAAAAGAGAUGGACUUGGGUCGUUCUUGGAACUUGUUCUGUAUCACACAAAUGGGAAACUUGUAUUAUUUUAUGGGGCAGAAUGACAUGGCUUUACGCAGUUUCAGACAAGGGCUACGUACUGCUGAGUCUUGCUCUGAUACUGAUUGGUACCUAUCCCAAUUCUAUAAUGGCUUUGGUCAAUUAUUGUAUUACUUGAACAGAGAACUGAACUUAGCAGAACAUUAUCUAAGAGAAGCUAUGCGAUGCUUUGAAGUGAUCUUUACAACACUUGGUAGUCUUGAUGAAUUCAAGAUCUCCAUUUUUGACGAAUAUAUUCAUAGUUAUAAGCUGUUGGCGGUACUGUUAAUCGGCGGCGAGAAGAUCGAGGAAGCACUUUUAGUGUUAGAUCGUUGUCGUGCAAGAGCAUUGAAAGAUCUUAUGAUGUCAAACUUCAAGAUGGAACAAGAGGAGAGCAAUGAUGAACACCUAGAGUACAGCGAUGUUUUGUCUCUGGUCUCAAGAAAUGACUUCAGCAUUGCCUUUUACUCACUUUAUUUCGAUGGUUUUCUGAAAUUUUUCAUUGGAGGGGAGACAAACUUGCAUUAUUCAAUGCGUAGUAAUCAUUCGCUACAAAUAGACGUCGAUAGGUCGUUUAACGAAAUGGGUGUUGGUGAGGUGGUUGACUGUGAGAACAGGUCCUUGGACAAAGAAGAAGAUAUUCAAAAAGAACAAAAGAGAAGCAAAGAAGAAUACGAGGGACUUUAUCAGCCAACGGCAUUACUACGUAACCUUGAUUCUAACAGAGGAGAAUCUAAUGGGAAUAGUGCUGAAACCAAGGGAUCUACUCUUGAAGAUUUAUUUGAUAUCUUAGAAUGUGAUAAAAUACUAUUGUCGAAGCAAGACGAGGUUGUUAUUAUUCCCGAUGGUCCCGUAUGCCAAGUACCUUUUCCCGCUUUACGAGAUCCUCGUACAGGAAAGUAUUUAUCAGAGACAAAGCGCAUUAGACUUGCUCCUUCAUUAGCGACUUUAAAGGCGUUGCAAGAUUGCACAGAAGAUUAUUAUUCCAAGAAAGGCGCCUUAAUCGUUGGAAAUCCUCUCGUUGGUAAAGUCAUGUUCGAUGGGGAAGAGAAAGAGUUUGAUCCUUUGGAUAAUGCGUUUGCUGAAGUGAUCGCRGUWGGCAAUGUAUUCAAUGCGACGCCUUUGACAGGAGAGAAGGCUACGAAACAAGCUGUUAUCCAGAGACUCAAAGAAGGAGUAUCUGUSGUACAUAUUGCUGCACACGGCAGUCUCACUAAAGGUACGAUAGCACUUGCACCUUCUCCUGAGGUAAGAGCAACAAAGAUCCCAGAUGAAGAAGAUUACAUGCUGACCAUGGCUGAUGUACAGAAGGCUCAAGUACGAGCACAGUUAGUUGUGUUAAGCUGCUGUCACAGUGGACGUGGUGAAAUCAGAGCUGAAGGAGUAGUUAGCAUGUGUCGAGCCUUUCUAGCGUCAGGUGCUCGUGCAGUUGUAGCGUCUCUGUGGGCCAUCGAUGAUGGAGCAACAUGCGAUUUCAUGUUUARAUUCUAUACUCGCUUAAUGGACGGAAAGAGCGCGAGUGUAAGUUUACAGCAAGCGAUGAAUGAAAUGAGGAACUCUUCCGGUUUCAAUGAACCGUAUUACUGGGCACCAUUCUUUCUCAUGGGUGAAGAUGUAACAAUCAAUUGUUCCCUCAUUCCCUAUGAGACCCNAGAGGAACUUGGACUGUCAACUGAACAGCUGAUUUGUCUGUACAAAGAAUGCAUAGAGAUGGCUAAACACUGUAAUGAUAUAAGUACCAUGAUGAAUUCAUGCGUGCAGUUCGUAUUGCAUAGCUACUUCUUAGGUAGACAUGCUGAUUCACUGAGGUGUCUGAAGGAAAUAUUACCGUUAGAUGUAGCAACACCAAGUGUUGAGUUAAUAUUUCGUAAACAUUUGUGCUUUACAUAUAAGGGGCUCAACGAGUUUGAAAACGUUGUCUUGCACACCAAGAAAUGGAUCGAAAUUGCUCAAAGUAUAGGCGAUAAAGAAAGCGAAAUAUAUGGACAUCGUGAAAUGGGAUAUGCAUUUUUGUCCUUAGCUCGUUAUGAUGAUGCUAUUGACUGUGGCAAAAAAUGGCUUAAAAUUGCCCAGGAAAUUGAUAGUGCUGAAGACAUGAUGAUGGCAUAUAACCUUAUAAUGGUUGCAUAUAAAUACAUGGAGAAAUAUGAUGACACUAUUCAUUAUGCGCACAAGCUCCUUGAUUGCGCCUUGAAAAACAACAAUCAGAAGGGUGUGAUGAAUGCGUACUUAGAGCUAGGAAGAGCACAUCUUGCCUUGAAACACUAUCAAGAUGCCACUGACUUUGGACAGAAAUGCAUUAAAACAGCAAGGGAGAUAGAAGACAUCUCUCAAGAUACUGACGACAAAAAAACUCAGAUGUACGGACAUGUUAUUCUCGCUCAAGCAUAUAUGGAAUUUUUGCAGUUGAAUGAAGUGUCUCAGAGUAUAGGUGCGGGCAUGGCGAUAGCUACAGAGCUUGGAGACAAAAAAGCAGAAGAACAGUUCAAAGAAUAUAGGUCUUUUCUUUAUGGAUUUGUUGGUUUGCUUGGCAAGUGUGAUGCACCCUCAGUAAAGGAAUUAUUAGAGGUACCAACAUGUUCUGAAGAUGAGCUAUUACAGGAUCUUGAGCAAGCAGUGAAGACAGGUGUUAAAGCAAAGAAACAUAGCGCCUCCAUCAGGCUUUACAAUUUUUAUCUUUCCAAAAAAGAUUAUGAAAAAUCAAUCAAGUGCCUUGAGCAGUUAAAAGAAAUGGAUAUUGAUUGUUCUGUGAACUUGUUCUGUAUCACAGAAAUCGGAAAGUUGUAUCAAUUGAUGGGUCAGAAUGACAUGGCUUUACGGUGUUUCAUAGAAGGGACACCUGCUGCUGAGUCUUGCUCUGAAAAUGUUGGGCUGCUAUCCAAAUUUUAUUAUGGCAUUGGUCAAUUAUUGUUUUUGUUAAACAGAGAACUGAACUUGGCAGAAACUUAUCUAAAAGAAGCUAUACGAUGCUUUGAAGCGAUCUUUACCACACUUGGUAGUCUUGAUGAAUUCAAAAUUUCAAUUUUUGACGAGUAUAUUCAUAGUUAUAAGGUGUUGGCAAUACUGUUAAUCAAUGGCAAACAGAUCAAGAAAACUGUUUUAGUGUUGGAUCGUUGUCGUGCAAGAGCAUUGAAAGAUCUUAUGAUUUCAAACUUCAAGAUGGAACAAGAGGAAAGCAAUGAUGAACACCUAGAGUACAGCGAUGUUUUGUCUCUGGUCUCAAUAAAUGACUUCAGCAUUGCCUUUUAUUCACUUUAUUUUAAUGCUUUUCUGAAGUUUGUUAUUGGAGGGGAGACAAAUUUGCAUUUUUCAAUAUGUCUCAAUUCUUCGCUACAGACAUACGUUGAUACGUUGUUUGACGAAAUGGGUAAUCGUGAGGUAGAUGACUGUGAGAACAGGUCUUUGGACAAAGAAGAAGAUAUUCAAAAAAGACAAAGAAGAAGCCAAGAAGAAUACGAGGAACUUAAUCAAGCAACGGCAUUACUGCUGAACCUCGAUUCGAACACAGGAGAAUCUAAUGAGAAUAGUGCUGAAACCAAAGGAUCUACUCUAGAAGAUCUAUUUGAUAUCUUAGAAUGUGAUAGAAUAAUAUCGUCGAAGCAAGACGAGGUUGUUAUUAUUCCAGAAGGUCCCCUAUACCAAGUGCCUUUUCCCGCUUUACAAGAUCGUCGCACGGGCAAGUAUUUAUCAGAGACAAAGCGCAUUAGACUUGCUCCUUCAUUAGCGACUUUAAAGCACUUUGAAGACUUCCCAACAAACCAAACCAGCGAUGCUAAGCAUUUGAUUAUUGGUAACCCUUUGGUUGGGAAGGUAAUGAUGGACGGAGAAGAACAGGAUAUCCAAGGUUUGCUGGGGGCACAAGCAGAAGCAAUCGUAAUAGCUUAUAAACUUGGUGUUAAGCCACUAAUAGGCGAAGCAGCCACAAAGCAGGCUGUUCUAGAGAAACUACAACAAAGAGUAUCUGUGGUUCACAUUGCUGCACAUGGUGUCCUAUCAAAAGCUACCAUCGUACUUGCGCCCUCUCCUGAGGUAAGAGCAACAAAGACCCCAGAUGAAGAAGAUUACAUGCUGACCAUGGCUGAUGUACAGCAGGCCAAAGUACGUGCACAGUUAGUUGUGUUAAGCUGCUGUCACAGUGGACGGGGUGAAAUCAGAGCUGAAGGAGUAGUUGGCAUGUGUCGAGCCUUUCUAGCGUCAGGUGCUCGUGCAGUGGUAGCGUCUCUGUGGGCCAUCGAUGACGAUGCAACACUCGACUUUAUGACAUCGUUUUAUGGCAAUCUGAAAAAUGGGAAAAGUGCCAGUACGAGUCUACAGCUGACAAUGAACGAGAUGAGAACCACUUCCAAGUAUACAGAUCCAAAAUACUGGGCGCCAUUUUUUAUCAUUGGUGAUGAUAUAACGAUCAAAAGCAUUUAAAAUGUGCUUGUUAAAUGAUAUAGAGUGUACAUGUUAUAGGCGUAUUACGGCAUUGGAUAAACUGGAGAAGCUGAAAUACACUAUGACCAACUACCACUAUUAUCAUCACCAUCAUCAUCACUCACCAUGACUAUGACUAUAAGCUAUGACUACAUUUGUAACUACCACUAUUAUCAUCACCAUCACUCACCAUGACUAUGACUAUAACCUAUGACUACAUUUGUAACUACCACUAUUAUCAUGACCAUCACUCACCAUGACUAUGACUAUAACCUAUGACUACAUUUGUAACUACCACUAUUAUCAUGACCAUACCAUCACUCACCAUGACUAUGACUAUAACCUAUGACUACAUUUGUAACUACCACUAUUAUCAUCACCAUCACUCACCAUGACUAUGAC